CCCUGCAGCUCUGCAGAGACACUUUGGUUCUGUCCUCCUUGCGCUCUGGUCGCCGCAGCCCAGCCCGCCUGUCCUGAAGACUCGGAGUAAAAAAGCUGCCAAGCCCUCGGUUUGAUUCACUUCCUGUAGACGGGCUUCUACUCAAAAGUGGAGAGAGAGAGAGAGAGAGAAGGAGGGAGAAGAAGUCGGACACGGGAGUCAUUGCAUCUGCAAAGCUUAUGCCUGGUUGCCCAGAUCUGAACGCGCUGCAGGGUUCAGCGGAGAAAAACGUAUUGUAUCAAAAACAGAAACGGUGCACCAGAUAUCCAACGGAUAUUGCAAACCUUGACGCCGACUGACGCGCUGUUUCUUCCCCUGGUUUGAGGCGCAGAGUUUGGAGACCCUGAAGACUGAGACUGCAGGGGGGGUUCAUGUACUGGAAAAAUGAAGUUUUGUCCCCUCUCUCAGAGGGAAAUAAGAUUAUGUCUGAAGGAAUUCCAACAAAGCAGGUGAUCUGCGCCGAGCAUCAGAGCACACCGGGAACCCCGCGCAGCACUGUGGACUCCAAACACACACCGAUGUCUCUCUCGGACGGGGAGUCCCAGCGCUCCAAUAUGGAGCGGGAAGACAUCCGCUCUCCUCCCAGCACUCCGUCCACCCCCUCCGUGUGCUCGCCGACCUCCACCGCCAGCUCCGUGCCGUCCACCGGGAAGAACGUGUGCGCCAGCUGCGGGCUGGAGAUCCUGGACAGAUACUUGCUGAAGGUGAACAACCUGAUUUGGCACGUGCGCUGCCUGGAGUGCUCGGUGUGCAGAACGUCACUGCGUCAGCACAGCAGCUGCUACAUCAAGAACAAGGAGAUCUUCUGCAAAAUGGAUUAUUUCAGUAGGUUUGGUACCAAGUGUGCCCGCUGUGGGCGGCAGAUAUAUGCCAGCGACUGGGUGCGUCGUGCGAGGGGGAACGCAUACCACUUGGCCUGCUUUGCGUGCUACUCAUGUAAGAGGCAGCUGUCUACGGGAGAAGAGUUCGGCUUGGUGGAGGAGAAGGUUUUGUGUCGGAUCCACUACGACACCAUGGUGGAGAACCUCAAGCGGGCGGCUGAGAGUGGUAAUGGUAUUACAUUAGAGGGUGCAGUCCCGACAGAACAGGACAGUCAGCCUAAACCGGCCAAAAGAGCACGAACGUCGUUCACUGCAGAACAGCUACAGAUCAUGCAGGCGCAGUUUGCGCAGGACAACAAUCCAGACGCCCAAACGCUACAGAAACUGGCAGACAUGACGGGCCUGAGCAGAAGAGUUAUACAGGUGUGGUUUCAAAACUGCAGAGCGCGACAUAAAAAGCACACGCCCCAGCACAGCGGUGCUCCGCAGGGUCAUCCUCAGUCUAGGAUUCCCUCGUCGCUGCCCGAUGAGCUGCAUUACUCCCCAUUCGGCAGUCCUGAACGAGCGCGCAUGGUAGCUCUUCACGGGUACAUCGAUAGUCAUCCGUUUUCCGUCCUGACCUCUCAGAGCCUCCCUCACCAGGCCAUGUCGCUACCCCAGCUCCCCCUCAGCCGCUAGCUGAAGGUCCACGUGACCCCUGACCUCUGAAUCUUUACUCCGGAUCUGCCGUCAGUGAAGCCGCCUGACCUCACUUGAAAAUUGUGCAAGAGUCGUGGAGAAAAGACUAAUCUUCCAAUCAUGGACGGAAAGAGAAAGAGACAGAUCUGCCGUCGUCUUCUCUUCUUUUCAGUGGAUGGGGACAUUCAGCCUGUGGCCAGUGUGUCAAAUCAAUCACCUUCCAGCAUUUAUUAUCAGCAGGAACUCUCAAUCUGUGUUUUACACCCACUGAUGGACCCACCCUGAUUCUCAUGUACAGCAUCUUCCGCUCUGUUCACCCACCUUCAAACUUGGGGAAUUUUAAAUGGAUGUAAUUGAUAAAAGAAGCAGGACUGCAGCUUCUCGAAGGUUGUCAGAUUGUUGAAGAUUAAAUUAAAAUGUCACUGUGGCCCGUUGGGAAGGGCUCACACAUUA